GGCUUCGGCGCGUUUGAAGCUCCGCCGCGUUCUGGCGCUCAUUCACAGCCAGGUGCUUCAGCGAGAGCAGGAAAAACACACACACUGAGAUACACACACUCGCGCGCGCACACACACACAUACUCACUCGUACACACACACGCUCGCGCGCGCGUUUAGAGUGGGGAGCUGUUUCACUUUUUCGGAGCUUCUUUUGCUGCUGUUGCCUCACCUGAGUGGAUUUUUGGACUCUCUCUCCUUCUUUCUCUCUCUCUCUUUCUGUCACUCUCCCUCACUCUCUCUCUCUAUUUUUCUCUCUUUCUAUUUCUCCCUCUGUCUGAAGCUUAAGUGCAGAAGAAGAGGACGAGAACAUAACUUUAAGCAACUUUUUUUUCUGAAAGUAUUUCUCUGAAAGAACAUUUCGGAUGUUUGGUUCGGCACUCAUGCUCUUUUUCUGAGCGCGUGAAGUGGCAUGAUCGCCGUCUUCAUCUUCUGCCAACACGGCUGAACAUUCACACACGCGCGCGUUGUUAUAUUCACCGUAAUUAUUACUAAUUAUUAUUUGCACCGUUAUUUGGGCGGGAGCCCGCGCUCCCCUGCCGCCACCUCAUCCCCUGCCGCCGCCGACGCAGACAUCACCAUGUCCAAGCCGGUCGAUCACAUCAAGAGACCCAUGAACGCGUUCAUGGUGUGGUCGCGUGGGCAAAGAAGGAAGAUGGCUCAGGAGAAUCCGAAGAUGCACAACUCUGAGAUCAGCAAGCGGCUGGGCGCCGAGUGGAAGCUGCUCACGGAGUCCGAGAAACGGCCCUACAUCGACGAGGCCAAGCGGCUCCGCGCGCAGCACAUGAAGGAGCACCCGGACUACAAGUACAGGCCGAGGCGCAAGCCCAAAAACCUCCUGAAGAAGGAGCGCUACGUCUUCCCUCUGCCUUACCUGGCGGACGCCGAACACCUGAAGGCGGCACUUCCGGUACCCACCAGUGUCGCCGAUCACGCUCUGGAGAAGGCGGCAGCGGCGCGAGCCUUCCUGCCCCCCUCAGCCGUCACAUCGCCCUACUCACUCCUCGACCCCGGCCAGUUCGGCGCGAGCAGCAUGAGCAAGCUGGCCGGCGACAUGACCCCGUACGCCUUGAGCUCGCUCAGUUCCCUGCCCUACGCGUCCUCGCUCGGCUACCACCAGAGCACCGGCGCGUUCGCCAGCCACCAGGCGGCCCAGCAGACUCAGCAGCAGACGCAGCAGUCGCAGCACGCGGCAGGACCGCACGCCGCCACGCACACGCACCCGUCCCCGACCAACCCGGGCUACGUGGUGCCCUGCAAUUGCGCGUGGUCCGCGGGAGGAGCGCUCCAGCCGCCGGUCGCCUACAUCCUGUUUCCCGGUAUGGGCAAGAGUGGGCUUGACCCCUACCCCUCUGCGCACGCCACGGCCAUGUAGAGAAAACGGGUGGUAAUAUACGAGGUCAUAAACAUAUAGCCUAUUUAUAAAAGAAGAGGAAACUGACAGUUUGUUCUUGACUAGAAGAUGGGUAUGCUGACAAUUGUUAAAAAAAAAACAGUGGGAGAAAUGACAUUUUUAUCCGUUAAAAAAUUAAAGGAAGUUUCUUCUACAAAGCAAAGGGAAAAAUUGCAACAACUGGAGGAGGAAAAAAAGACUUUUUUUCGUUUCUUCUCGAAAGGAGGAAAAACAACAAUUUCUUCCAAAAACGAAAAUGAAAACAAUAAAAAGAUUAAACGGACACUUUUCCGCCUCCCCAGAAACUUGAAUGCAGUGGCAUGUACAUAAAACUGCUCCAUUAUUAAAAUAAAAAUAAUAAAUAAUUAACAGAGACAGAAGCGAACUCAAAAACAUUGACGGAGGUCUGAUCGGACUGGAGAAAAAUCUUGGAGUUCAGAUUUUUUUUUGGUGUGUAUAUAUAUUAUUUUUCGUUUUUUAUUAUCGUUUCCUCCAGGACGCUCCGGGACCUUCUGCAUGGAGUUGAGAGAGCUGAGAGCAGGUGACUGUAAGAACUUUGUAAAUGUUAUUAACCUUUAUUAACGGCUACCGAACAACAACGAGAGAAAAAAGAAAAACGCAUAAAAAGGAGGCCUUUAGCUUUAUUUAUUAUGUACAUUUUGAUGCUAUUAUAAUAAGGAUAUUUUUGGUUUGUUUUUUCGACUAUGAUUAAUAUUAUUGCUGUUAUUUAAAAAAGGCGAAUUUGGGUUUGCACAAGUAAUGUUUAGCCUUCAUGUCUCUCCAUGUUUCUUCUUUAGAUCUCUUCUGAACGAUGUACUGAUAUUUUCUGAAAUUUGGAUCUAAAUUAGGACAUUUCUUUGAGUUUUAAUGAAGAUACGGGUUUAUAGGCACACACGUGAGAUUAGACAGGCUGUUGAAACUUCAAGUUGAAAAAAAAUAUUAUUUCAGUAUUUUUGUUUUUUGUUUUUAUUUGAUCUUGUGGUUCAGUGCUUGUCCCACGUUCAUUUCAUUUGAGAAAGAAGUGAAAGUCUGAAGCGAAGCAGUUAAUGUCGUGCUCAUUAUUAUUAUGAUUAUUAUUAUUACAAUGAUGAUUUUUUAAAUCUUAAUCUGAUGUAAUGUUAUGGAAAAGGAAACUGUAUCAGAAGGGGGAUACCUCGAUUCUUUGUUCAUUUGCAGAGCAAAGACGUUUUGAAUAAAGACAAUCUGUCUUCAAAAAUAA